AUGGCCUCGAUGAACUCACCCGCUGGGAAGGCCGAGGGGGAUAUCUCUGACACAUUCGCCUCGCUCUCGGGGAAGAAAGCCCAGCCCCUCCCAGAUCGGUUCCGCGAGCUCAAGCUGCGCUUAGUGGACGGCCAUGAAGAUGCCGUCAUAGCGAGUUGGAAACGCCUCCUCAGCACGCUCAAAAGAGAAAAUGAGAUAAUCGCCCGUACCGGGCCGGCUAUCGUUCCCGAGGUCCGAUUCAGCCAUCUCCACGACGACCUGCAGAGCCUCAAGCCCGAGAUCCAAAAACGUGGUGUGGCCGUUAUCCGGGGCGUGAUUCCCGAAGACGAGGCCCGGUCCUACAAGUUUGAGAUUGAGGAAUACGCCCGCCAGAACCCGCAAACCCGCGGCUUCCCCCCCACCAACCCGCAAAUCCUCGAGCUCUACUGGUCCCCCGCCCAACUCCGCGCCCGCAGCCACCCGUCCCUCCUCACAACCCAGCGCGCCCUCAUGACAUCCCUCUGGCACACGGGCUCAGACCACUCCACGCCACUCUCCCUGCACACGCCCCUCAGCUACGCCGACCGCCUGCGCAUCCGCCAACCCGGCGACGCACACUUCGCCUUGGGUCCCCACCAGGACGCGGGCAGUGUUGAAAGGUGGGAGGAGGGGGGGUAUGGGCGGGGCGGGGUUUAUGAGGCUGUGUGGAGGGGGGCGUGGGAUGGUGCUGCUGGGGAUGGUGAAGGGGGUGGGUUUGAUGCGUAUGAUGCGGCGGGACGGGUGGGGGCGGUGACGGAUUUGUAUAGCGGGCUGGGGGCGUGCAGUAUGUUUCGGAUGUUUCAGGGGUGGUUGGCGAUGAGCGAGAGCGGGCCGUUGCGGGGGACGUUGUUGGUGAACCCGCUGGUGAGGGAGACGGGGGUGUACGCGCUGCUGAGGCCGUUCUUUAGGGCGCGGAGGGGGCUGAAGGAGGUGGGCGGGGAUAGGGGCAGGUAUUUGGAGGAGAGGAAUUGGGAGUUUACUGCGGGGGGUAGGAUGGAUAGUGAGCUCCAGGGCGCGAUGCCGGGGUGUGCGCAGGAGUUUCCCGAGGGGGCGCACCCGCAUCUGGAGCUGGAUAGGACGAUGGUGCAUGUGCCUGAGGUCAGGCCGGGGGAUUAUGUGGUUUGGCAUUGCGAUUCGAUCCAUGCUGUCGACAAGAAGCACAACGGCACGGCCGACUCUAGCGUCCUAUACAUUCCGGUGUGCCCGACCACCAAGGCCAGCGCCGAGUACGUGGUUCGGCAACGGGCCGCGUUCCGAGACGGCACCCCGGGCCCGGACUUCCCAGGUGGUGAGGGCGAGUCGAAGCACAUCGGGCGGGCGACCGAGGAGUAUGUCAAGAAGUACUGCGACCCCGCCGGUGUCCAGUCCAUGGGCCUCGACAAGCUCGCCACGGUAGAGGCAGAUACCCCCGGCGGCAAGGCCGUGGUUGCGGAGGCCAACAGAAUCCUGGGGUUUGAGCGAUGUGACUGA